AUGUCUCCUUACCAAGUCCUCGUCUUCGGUGACUUGAAUCACGAUGUUGAUACCAAUUUGCGAAUCCUCUGCGGAUUGCACGACAAUCCGUUACUCAAAUCUUUUUUUGAGCGCACUGCGUUUGCCUUGCGUGCUCAAAUUGGCAGUCUUUCCCCAGCAAAGCGAGCUUUGUUUCCCAAAUUCACCACUUUGAGUGAGCUUCAUGCCAAAGUACGAGUUGCCGACGUGGUGCAUCCGGCACUUCAGAAGGCGCUUGUAUUGGUGAUGCAAUUUGGACUUUUUAUCCGACGAUUCACAGAACCAGGGCACGUUUACCCCACCAAUGCCGACACUCUCUUGACAGGGUUAUGCACUGGCCUCCUGACCGCGGUGACAAUCAGUUGUUGCUCUUCGUUGCCGGAAUUGAUACCUUCUGGAGUUGACUCUGUGGUGGUGGGGUUUCGAAUCGGUCUACUUUCCGAGGACGUCCGGUUGAGAAUUGAGCCAGCAGCCAGCCUAGGAGGGAGUUGGUCUGUGGUCAUUCCCGGGUUGAAAGAGGACGCAGCCACUGAGGCUUUGCAAAGAUAUAUCACGGACAAGGGCACAUCACUAGCGUCCAAUCCGUACAUCAGCGCGCAUGCCCGCAGUGGAGUUACCCUCUCCGGACCCUCUCGCGUGCUUGAUGAGAUCCUAGCGUCUGGAUACAUGACACGUGCUUCGGGGCUCAAAACGCGGAUCUACACACCAUUCCAUGCUCCUCAUCUUUACAACGAGUCCGACAUUGAGGACAUCUUGCAGAAAGUCUCUGCAGAUCGCAACAAGACCCAGUUCAGCCAAAUUGCAGUCCAGGCUAGUGGUGGCCUGAUAUCCCCGGGUAUAGGGACCCAAACAACUUUGGCCUCCUUGCUCCGUGUUGCUCUCAGGGAGAUUCUGCUACAACCCCUCCGCUUGGACACAAUCCUGGAAGGGCUGACAGAGGAGAUUACUCGCUCAGGAGCUGCACAAUGCAGUAUCAUUCCAGUCGCGACUCCAACUGGUCAAGCAUUUCUGACUGCCGUGCAAAAGUCUGGCAUCCAGGAUUCCGUGAUUGAUAGUUCCAUAAACCGACUGAGCGUCCCCGAGGUCUCCAUUGUCUCGGAUAGUGGGCAACUGGGGAACUCCAAGCUUGCCAUUGUCGGCUACUCCGGUCGAUACCCUGAUGCCAACAGCAAUGAAGCCUUCUGGCAGCUGCUUGAGGAAGCGCGCGAUGUGGCCAGUAUCACGCCUCAGCAGCGAUGGGACGUCACAACGCAUGUCGAUCCCACCCUCAAGAAGAAGAACACUAGUGGUACUCCCUAUGGUUGUUGGCUGACCGAUCCUGGCAUGUUUGAUGCCAAAUUCUUUGGGAUGAGCCCUCGUGAAGCACCGCAGGUUGAUCCAGCCCAGCGUCUAAGUUUGAUGACUGCGUAUGAGGCAAUGGAAAAUGCAGGAAUGGUACCUGACGCAACACCUUCGACCCAGCGGGACAGAGUGGGUGUGUUUGUCGGCUCAACCAGUAACGAUUGGGGCGAGACCAACAGUUCCCAAGAUGUCGAUACAUAUUACAUUCCGGGAUCAUGCCGUGCGUUCAUCCCAGGUCGCCAAAACUAUUUUUUCAAGUUCAGUGGCCCUAGCUACAGUGUCGAUACGGCGUGCUCGUCUAGUUUGGCAGCCAUGCACCUCGCAUGCAAUGCCUUGUGGCGUGGGGAUAUUGACACUGCAAUUAGUGGCGGGACAAACGUUAUGACAAACCCUGAUAUCACCGCCGGACUUGAUCGCGGGUAUUUCCUUUCGCGAACUGGCAACUGCAAGACCUUUGAUGACAAUGCCGACGGAUACUGUCGGGGCGAAGGCGUUGUGAGCAUGAUAAUCAAACGUCUGGAAGAUGCGAUUGCAGAUAAUGAUCCCAUCCAUGCCGUCAUACUAGGUGCAUACACCAACCACUCUGCAGAGGCUGAGAGCAUCACCCGCCCACAUGUCGGGGCCCAGAAAGCAAUCUUCCACCGCGUAUUGACUACAGCAUCAGUUGAUCCAGCGACGGUCAGUUACAUUGAGAUGCAUGGAACUGGCACUCAGGCUGGAGACGCUCGUGAAAUGGACUCUGUGCUUUCAACGUUCGCGAAACAGCCCCGCGAGAAUCCCAUACAUCUCGGAUCAGUCAAGGCUAAUGUUGGUCAUGGUGAAUCCGUCUCUGGUAUCAUCGCCUUGACAAAGGUGUUGAUGAUGAUGGAAAGGAAUUUCAUUCCUCCACACAGUGGCAUCAAGACGAAGAUUAACCACAAGUUCCCUACGGAUUUGGCGGAGCGAAAUGUAUUCAUCGCAGAUAAACUCACUCCUUGGACACGCACUGAGGAGCAACCUCGACGUGCCAUGGUGAACAACUUUUCAGCUGCAGGGGGAAACAGCUCAGUGUUGGUGGAAGAUGCGCCCAGCUGGUAUCAGACGAAGCGUAUUGAACAUGAUCCUCGUCCAUUCCACUUGGUGGCUGUGUCAGCAAAGACCCAGACAGCUCUUCUUGCUGGGAUCAAAGAUCUCAUCUCCUACAUUGACCGCGAGAGCCCCUCUCUCCCGAGCUUGAGCUACACCACAACGGCCAGAAGAACACAUCACCGCUACCGAGCGAUGGCGAGUGGCGAUAGCCUGAAGGAAAUCAGCGAUCAGCUUGGGAAGCACCUCGUAUUAUCUGAGGACCAACUCAAGCCAAGGGUAGCCUCGGCAGUGGUGUUUGCAUUCACAGGGCAAGGAGCCCAGUAUCCUGGCAUGGCUCGAGAGCUACUUGUGGUCCGGGAAUUCCGUGCCAAUAUGGAACAGCUCGAUCGCAUUGCACAAAAGCAAGGGUUCCCAUCAAUCAUGCCUCUUAUCACCGCUACCACAGGUGAGAUUACCGACUUCGAGCCUUUGGCCGUGCAAUUAGCCACGACUUGUUCCCAGAUGGCAAUGGCUGAGCUAUGGCGCUCGUGGGGAAUCGAGCCGGCUGCAGUCGUUGGCCACAGUCUGGGCGAAUACGCAGCUUUGAACGUUGCCGGUGUACUGUCAGAUGUGGACACCAUCUAUUUGACAGGCAAAAGGGCGCAACUCCUUCAGGAGAAGUGUUCUCGUGAUACCCAUAGCAUGCUUGCAGUUAGCAUAUCUACCGACGAUGCUAAAACUCUGCUCGCAGAGCUGGAUGUUGAGAUUGCCUGCAAAAAUGCACCCACUGAAACAGUCCUGAGUGGAACAAGCGUGUGGAUUGAUCAAGCAGAGAAAACACUUAGCCAUGCGGGUAUCAAGAAAAUGACCCGACUCCGUGUCCCAUACGCGUUCCAUUCAACACAGGUUGACGCGAUUCUGGAUGAAUUCGGAGCGGUGGCUGCCAAUGUGCAAUUCCACAAGCCUCAGAUUCCUCUCCUUAGUCCCUUGCUUGGCGAUGCUAUCACAACCGAUGACAUCAUCAACGCGCGGUACUUGGCGCGUCACGCUCGUGAGCCUGUGAACUUCGCAGAUGCCCUGCAAAACGCCAAACUCAACAAUCUGGUCACCAAUAAAUCAGUUUGGAUAGAGAUUGGACCCCAUCCCGUCGUCGUCGGCUUGGUCAAGGCCAACCUGGGGCCUGUGACAGUUCUGCCCUCACUUCAGCGCAAGAGAGAUGCAUGGAAGACCUUGACCAGCACAAUUACUACACUCUAUGAACUCGGCCAUGUCAUACAUUGGGGUGAGUAUCAUCGAGACUUUAGCAAGUCAUUGAAAGUGCUCCGCUUACCGAACUAUCGUUGGGAUCUCAAAAAUUACUGGAUGCAAUAUGAGAACGACUGGUCGCUGUACAAAGGUGAUGCCGCUUUCUUGUCGGGAGCGAGACCACCCCCCUUGUCCACGACCUGUGUGCACCGCUUGAUUGAGGAAAAGCAUGACGACUCUGAGAUCACCGUCGUUGGUGAAUCCGACCUCCUACGAGAUGACCUCGAUCCCUUUGUGCGAGGACAUCGCGUCAAUGGUGUCGCACUGUGCACGCCUUCGGUCUAUGCUGAAAUGGCACUGGUUAUUGGUGACUACAUUCGAAAAUCAAGUCCCAGAUGGGCUGAAUGUUUGGUUGAUGUUCAACACAUGGACGUGCAAAGGCCACUCGCAGUCAAGAGUAAAGGAAAGGGCCCUCAGCUGCUUCGAUGCCGAGUGACUAUGAACGUCACCACCGAGAAUGCAGCAGUGCAGUUUUACAGCGUUACCCCUGAGGGAAAACUCUUGGUCAAGCACGCAGAAUGUUCAAUCAUGUUCCCCCCUGCUGCCGAAGCCGAAGCCGAAACCCAGGCUGCUGCUGAGGAAAUAUGCGAACACGUGAUUAAGCUUCGCCGGGGCAUUGAGAACAACGAUCGGGUUCAAAAGAUGGCUGGUAGCACGGGCUAUCAGCUCGUCUCCUCUUUGGCCUCCUAUGAUGCUGACUACAAGGGAGUCACAGAGGUGAUCAUGGACAGCGAGAACCUCGAAGCAAUCGCGAAGGUGCAGUGUGGCAGUCCAGAUGCCAUUUGUGCUAAAUCUGCUGGGACAUACCAGGUCAAUCCGUAUCUGGUUGAUAACUUUGGCCAGCCUGCACUCUUUAUCAUGAAUGCAAAUGACCAAGCCGAUCUCAAUAAAGAGGUGUUUGUCAACCAUGGAUGGACAUCGCUUCACUUUUACAAGGAAGUGUCGGUCGGCAAGGUCUACCACUCGUACGUCAAGAUGCACGGCCCAAAAGAGGACGGAAUGUACAGUGGUGAUAUGACUGUGUUUGAAGGGAAUCAAGUGGUUGCCUGCUUCCGCGGGAUCAAGGCUCAGGGCGUUCCACGCAGGCUCAUGGACUACAUAGUCCGUAUGAGGGACAAUACUCAAGUCGGCUUGCCCGGGCCUACUAACGCGCUACGACCGGCGCACAGCACUCAAAAUGGGGCCCCCGAAGCAGUAGAUCCAAAAGAUCUGCCUGUCGAAGAGACCAAUAUCUCGUCCUGGCCUGCUGCGCUCCAGAUAAUCUCCGAGGAGAGUGUUGUUCCAGUGGCGGAUUUGACAGAUGACAAGGCUUUUGCUGACCUGGGUGUGGACUCGCUCCUAUCGCUCCUUUGUGCGAGUCGAUUCAGAGAGGAGCUCGGCCUCGCUCAUGAGUCCACUAUCUUUGAAGACUAUCCCACGGUGGGUGAGCUUCGCGUGUUCUGGGAGCAAGGAACUACCUCCAAGGGGGACCUUUCCAAUGUGACUGGCAAAGAUGCUAUUCUGAACUCCAUGUUCCACCAUGAUACUGUCCAGGAAGAUCCAUCUUUGCCUAGGAGUCCAUCUGAUUCAGGAAUUUCAGUCGAUGUGGAAAAUGUUCAUGCCUCAUUGACUGAACUUUUGACAUCCACUAGCAAGUCUAAUGCUAAAUCCAGCUCUCUCUUGCUGCAGGGAAACCCCGCUUCAGCCAGAACCAGCAAGACGCUUUUCCUUCUCCCCGAUGGCUCGGGGUCAGCGUCUUCAUAUGGAUCCCUUCCCAUCAUUGAUCCAUCUCUUGCAGUGGUUGCUCUAAACUGUCCAUACAUGAAAGAUCCAUCGCUGUAUCCAAGAGGCAUCGACCAUGUCGCGAGUCUCUACAUCACGGAGAUCAAGCGCCGUCAACCUCGCGGUCCCUAUGCCUUGGGUGGCUGGUCGGUCGGUGGGAUUUUCGCCUACCACUGCGCCCAGCUACUAGUCGCGGAGGGUGAUACCGUCUCUGGUCUCGUCUUACUCGACUGUCCUGUCCCUCGUGGCUUGGAUCACCUCCCCAAGCGAUACUUCGAGUAUUGCGAAGAGAUCGGGCUUCUCGGAGUUGUUCAUUCUGGAACCGGUGAGCGCAAGACUCCACCUCCAUGGUUGAUUCCACACUUCGAAGCGUGUAUCAACAGUCUCCACGAUUACCACGCUUCUCCGUUCGAACCAAAGGAUUGGGCCCCCACGACACACAUCAUCUGGGCUUGUAACUCCAUUGACGCUCAUGUGGAAAACAAGUUCGAACACCGCGACAACGAUCCAGAGGGACUCAAGUUCCUGACCCUGGCUCGACAAGAUUACGGGCCCUGUGGGUGGGAGAAACUGCUUCCGGAGGCAAACAUGCGCUUUGCGCGAGUGAGUGGCGCCAAUCAUUUUUCUAUGAUGAAGGGGGAGUUGGCAGGAAACUUGAGUGGAAUUAUCAAGCAUGCUCUGAUGAAAUAG